UUUGCGCUGACGCGGCGUUAGAGCGACUCCCGUAUCAGCGAGCGACUACGUGUCAGUCCUCCUUCUUCAAUCCUCCUUCACCUCCACAUCUCAGGUCCACGGAGCAGCCCGAGCAGAAGUAAUGGCACCUAAAAGCGGUAAUAAGCAGCAGUCUGAGGAGGAUUUACUCCUGCAGGACUUCAGCAGGAACCUCUCCGCCAAGUCCACCGCGCUCUUCUACGGGAACGCGCUCAUCGUGUCCGCCAUUCCCAUCUGGCUUUUCUGGAGGAUCUGGCACAUGGACCUGGUGCAGUCGGCGGUCCUGUACGCAGUCAUGACUCUGGUCAGCACGUACCUGGUGGCCUUCGCUUACAAGAACGUUAAAUUCGUCCUCAAGCACAAGGUCGCUCAGAAACGCGAAGACGCCGUUUCCAAGGAAGUGACUCGCAAAUUGUCCGAAGCAGACAGCCGCAAGAUGUCCCGCAAAGAGAAGGACGAGAGGAUUCUGUGGAAGAAGAACGAGGUGGCGGAUUACGAGGCCACGACUUUUUCCAUCUUCUACAACAACUCUCUUUUCCUCGUGCUGGUUAUCAUCGCCUCCUUCUUCCUCCUGAAGAACUUCAACCCAACAGUGAACUACAUUCUGUCCAUCAGUGCCUCGUCUGGUCUCAUCGCUCUGCUGUCCACCGGCUCCAAGUGAACGAGAGAGAGAGGUCAUGAAAUCUAAACCAUUAAGGAAGAAGAGGAAUGAACAAAUGAAUGACUGGUUCUGGGCAAAUGUGUGUGUGAGUGUGUGAUGAACAGGGUGUAAGCUGGAGAUUUCAUUUCAUCAGUGGACUUUCAUGAAAUUCAUGAUCCGUGUGGCGCCGAGGGGUCGUUUCUGACUCGUUCACUUUUUAUACCAAUAAAUGACCUUUAAACCCUGA